AUGUGGUCCAGUACAGAUGUGGCGUAUUGGUUCAAGUCUGUAUGGGUGAGUGUGGUGCAGGACUCCGUGAAUAUCUCGGGUCAGAACACCAUGAACAUGGUGAAGGUCCCUGACUGUCGCCUGGCAGAUGAACUGGGCGGACUGUGGGAACAUUCCAGAUUCACGGACUGUUCGCUGUGUGUCGCUGGGCAAGAGUUCCAGGCACACAAAGCUAUUCUGGCAGCACGUUCCCCAGUUUUCAGUGCUAUGUUUGAACACGAGAUGGAGGAGAGUAAAAAGAACCGAGUGGAGAUAAACGACGUGGAGGCUGAGGUCUUUAAAGAGAUGAUGUUCUUCAUCUACACUGGCAAAGCACCCAAUCUGGACAAGAUGGCUGAUGACCUGCUCGCUGCCGCUGACAAGUAUGCUCUAGAGCGGCUUAAGGUGAUGUGUGAGGACGCUCUGUGCACAAGUCUGUCUGUGGAAAACGCAGCAGAGAUUCUGAUCUUGGCGGACCUGCACAGUGCCGACCAGCUCAAGACACAGGCCGUCGACUUCAUCAACUACCAUGCAUCUGAUGUGAUGGAGACCUCAGGGUGGAAGUCAAUGGUGGCGUCUCAUCCUCACCUGGUUGCCGAGGCAUACCGAUCCCUGGCCUCCGCCCAGUGCCCUUUCCUGGGCCCUCCCCGCAAACGCCUCAAACAGUCUUAGUG